AUGAUAGACGAUUCUGGUAUCAUUAAUCAAGCUGAGCGGGUGUACACUCAUCAAAUUCGGGUCCCUUUAGGCACCAAUGCCGACAAACCUCGCGAACUGACCUCAAUCUCAGUUAGUUUCACUGUUGUUAGUCUCAUCCGGAAAGGAGCAGGACUAAACAGAAUGACGCAUGGUCCUGUCGGAGCUUUCUGUCCCAGCAGGCAGCAGAAUCCUGUCCUAGUAGCACAAGUCGCAGGUAGCAGCUACGAUGCGAGUAUUGACCGCGAAAAAGUGACUCAGUAUGGCGACAGUACUGCACGAAAACGUGGCAUCGUACCGGAAGUACGCCGUCGUCUUAGUCGUAGUUGCGGACAUGUCAACGAAAUUCCCGUCAACUCCAAAAGUCACCACUUCAGAAAACGAACAAAGAAACGAGAACUUUUCCGUACAGGUGCGUUGCCAGUUGAUUUUCCCGCUGAGGGCGCUCAGUAG